UAAAAUGCAGCUACACCACCCCACGCUCUCGCCACGGAGAAAAACAACAGCACUCGCAGGGUACACACAAAAGCCGCCUGUCCCUCGGCCGCCGCAGCCUGAGGCGAUGCCGCCUCUCCCCACCCCCAGCCCGGACCCAGCCGCCCUCCGCCUUCCCUGCGCCGGGCAGAGAGACCUGCGGUCCUUCCCCGCCUGCUCGGGGCGCUCGGAAAUCGAGCCCGGAAGGAGCCUGAGGCCCGGCGAGGCACAGAACCACGGAACUGUCAGCGUUGUGAGGCACCUCUGGAGAUCAGCUCGUCCGAGCGCCCGCCCCUCCGCCUCCUUCCCCGGCAAGGCGGGCAGAGCCCUCCCGCCCCAUUGUUCCCUGCACCCCGCGGCGGAGCCGGCGCACUCACCACACGGGCCGGGCUCCCCGCAGCGCCCACCGGCCCCCUCAGCUCCGGCACACGGGGGCUGAAGCAGCGCCCUGCUGCUCCUCCGGCAGUACCCGCGGGCCCCGGGGCAGCGCCGCCAUCGCCCGCCGCCGCCCCACCGCCGCCGCUCCAGCAGCGGCCAUCUUGUGCGUCGGCUGCUCUCCUCACCGCCUCCCUCCUUCCCUCCCUCCCCGCAUCGCCCUCCCCUUCCUGCGCCCUCCUCCCCCAAGCAGCCGGGGCGGGGCAGGGAGAAACAGCCGAGUCACGGGCUGGAGCGCCGUGAGGGGUGGGCUGGG